AUGGCAACGGCAAGUUGUUCAUCGUUCGUUGGUACAGCGUCUUCAAUCACAAACUAUGCACGAUUAGGGCUAGCCACACAAAAUGAGCUCCCAGACAUACUUCGAGAACUGUUACUUAUCAAAGAGCCGCCACAUCUUUUAGAAGUACAUCUCAAUAUUAACAGUUUUUUAUCAAGAAACUUGAGAGCACAUGAAUGGAAUAUUAUCAGAUCUGUUCGUACAAGCCAGUAUAAGGAAUUUGAUGUGCCACUUAUGUACAAGUUAAUACGAAAUCUCAACUUGGUGCCAUGUCCAACACAAGGAUGGGAUAAUCAAACGCCACCAUCAUUAACUGAGAUAACAGUAGGAGAUGAUAUAGAAAGAAUAAGGCGAAUAAGAAAUGAGAUUGUACACAGAGGAAAUACGAAUGUUCUUGGACAUGAACUGGCAGAUUACUUUUCUUCCUUUAAGGAUAUAGCGAAAAGACUUGAGGUAACCCUUAUGUUGUCGAACAGAAAAUUUGUUUCAAAAAUGGAGAAUGUAGAAACGUGUUGUAUAGAUAAAGAUACAGAGCAACACUACAUUAAACGACUUACAGAGUUAGAAAAAUACGAGACAGAAUUAGUUAUGAAUUUUGCAGAGGUUCGCAAAGACAUUGACCUUCUACGUUUACAAAUGACUGAUCAAGUAUCGAACUCUCAGAAGAAAAUACACAAUGUUACAGCAGAACAAGAGGAAGUUAUUCCAAAGCACAUUCGAGAUCAAAUUAAAAAAGAAAUAGAGAAAUGGAAACAAGACGACAUGAAGUAUGUACCUACUAAAGCAUCUUGGUAUGUGUUCAGUCUUUUGAAAAAGGAAAACUGUGUAACUGUUGUUGGAAGUCCAGGAGUAGGAAAAACAGCUGUUAUAAGACAUGUAGCUUUAAAGAUGAAAGAGAUAGGAUACACUGUAAUUCCUAUAACGAUUCCGACAGAUAUUAGAGACUUUUACCAACCUGGUCGUCAGACUGUGUUUGUUGUUGAUGAUAUGUGUGGUAAUUUUACUGCUAAUAAGCAGCUGAUUGACAACUGGAAACAGUUACUAGGUGUAGUUGAUAACAUAGUAUUAGAUAAUUGUAAAAUUAUUGUAUCAUGUAGAUCCCAAGUAUAUAAGGAUAACAAAUGUUGUGUUUUAGCCCAAUUCAGAUCAUGUGAAUGUAAUUUAAUUUCAAACGAUUUACUUUUAUCAACAGAUGAGAGAAUACAAAUAGCCAAAGCUCAUUUAGGUAAACAUGGAAAUAAUAUAUCAGAAACUAUUCUGUUGCAAUAUGAUUUUUUCCCUCUUUUAUGCUUUCUUUAUAGUAGACAAAAAAACACGGACAUCGAUGAUUUUUUUAGUAAACCUUUCGUAGUAUUUCAAAAAGAGCUGAACAGCCUUUGGAAUGAAGGAAAAGUUGGCCAGUCCAAGAUUUGUGGAUUGGUACUUUGUGUUGUUUAUAAUAAUAAAUUAGAUGAGAAAUACCUGACAAGCAUGGACCCGUGUGUACGUGUUAUCAUAGAUGAUGUGUGUGAAGCAUGUGGAAUAAAUAGAGGAACAUCUGGGAUUAAGAUAAAGGAAGAAGUAGAUACACUUGUAGGUACAUAUCUUAAAAAGGAAAACAAUGUGUAUAUAACAAUUCAUGAUAAACUAUUUGAUUUUUUGGUAUAUUUCUAUGGAACCAAGAUGUUAGAUUGCCUUUUAAAACAUGCAAUGCAUGAUAUCAUCAACCAACGUUUUCGAUGGAACAAGUGUCGGGAUAACGAGGACAGAGAUACAAAUGAGUUGAUAAACAUAACUACAGAGGAUAAAUUAACCUUGUAUUUAAACAGACUUAUAUUAGACUGGUCACAAGGAAAAGUUAUGGAUCUUUUCAGUAAUAAUUAUAAUAUGAAAAACGAACAAUUCCGGGACUCAUUGCUUACUCAGUUAUUACAUCGUGAUAAAGCAGAACAGACAAAAAUAUCCCUCACUACAGAGAGGAGUAAAUGGAUUGUAAUUGGUUCUUUAGAAGCUUGUUGUAUGGAAGGUUAUGCUAAUUUGUUACCAUGGUUUGUUAAUCAAGGUGUGGAAAUAAAUCAAAGUACUUGUUUUACAACACCACUUGGUGCUGCAUGUAUUGGAAAUCAAGUAGAAAUGGUACAUGAAUUAUUAAGUUUAGGGGCAGAUACUAACAAACCAGGAAUCGGUGGGAUGACACCUCUUCAUUGCUCGUGUUUUAAUAAAUGGUAUGCCUAUAAUGAUGUUAUAAAAAUAUUGCUGACAAACAAAGCUUUCAUAAACAAACGCAGGUACGACGGCUCAACUCCAUUACUCUUUGCAGUAUAUCAAAAAAAUAUAGAAGCAGUGAAAAUGCUUCUUUCUCAUUCUGCUGAUGUUAAUAUUGGUUACUUUGACAGUCAGGAAAUCAAAUAUGGAGUAAAUAAAAUUGACGAAUCACUUUAUGCAUCUCUUUCAAUUAAAGAAAAGGAAAAAUGUUUGUUGGAAUGGUUUAUAGUUAAUUGCCCAUCUUCCGUUGUCGAAUAUGUUAAACAAGAAUCAAACACAGUAAUAAACAUUAUAGGUGGUGCCACACCUCUACAUUUGAUGUGUUUUACAAAUGAUAUCGAUAUGAUUAAACUAUUAUUAGAGGGAAACCUCGACAUCAACAAACGUAAGGAAGACGGUUCAACGCCUCUAUUAGUUGCCUGUUUGUUCGGAUUUAUUGAUGCUGCAACUAUACUUCUUGAACACGGCGCCAACAGAGAUAUUCGAAGGAAUGACAGAACAAGUCCUUUAGAAAUGGCAAAAUUUAGGAACCAUACCGCGAUCAUUGCUUUGUUGGAAAAUUUUGAAUUGGAGAAUAAAAGAAAAUGUUCUGAUUUGUUACAUGAAGUGAUUGAAGUUAAGAAACCUUUAAACAAAUGA